AUGGAGAUGCAAAUCAUCACUAAGGAGGACGUGCAGUUGGUUGUGGAAAGGAGUAAACGGGCAUCUUCAAAAGUGAAAUCUUACCGUUUUAAACGAAUAAGCGAAGAACCUAUCGGAUAUUUGGCAGAUCAUCUUAUUCUAUCCGUUGAGCUAGAGGAUAAUCCUGCGCAAAAGGAUACAGGACAACAAGAUGAUGACACUUCCGCCUCUUCAACGAGCAGUACUCAAAAUGUUUCGUUCUUCAUCAAGAUGUUACCGGAAACAAACCUUAAGCUGGCAGAGUAUAUAACAGAGAUGAGUUGCUUCGAUAAAGAAAUAUUCAUAUACAGUAAGCUAAUUCCCGAACUAGCUGAUAGCUGUCAGGGCAUUGGAGACGUUGUAGCUAACACCUAUCUAACGAAACAAGGAAAAGUGAUCAUUUUUGAUGACUUAAAACAGCAAGGCUACGGUAUGAUUGAUGGAGGAACAAGUUUAUUGAACCAAGCUCACAUAGAAAUGGCUCUAAAAACGAUUGCAAAAUUGCACGCGAUGUCGUUGAUAUACGAAGAACGAACCAAAACAACGUUACUUGAUUUAUCAGUAAAUCUGUCUGGGAAAAGCACAUGCAUGCUAGAGGAAAACGUGUAUAUAAAUAGUGAAUCGUACGUGCGUACUACAAAUCUAGAAAACUGCAUCCAGGUUAUGUGUGAAGUUGCCAAACGAAUUGAUAAAUACAAAAAUUCGGAGCAAUUGGAAUACAUCCUUAAAAGUAUUCCAUUGACAGUGCGCCGUAUUUAUGAUUUGGCGAAACCAUCAAGCGUGUUCCGGAACGUCUUAAACCAUGGAGAUUUAUGGUGUAAUAAUAUUUUAUUUAAAUAUGACACAAAACUCAAUGGUGCAAAUAAAGCACAUCCUGUUGAUGCAAAAUUGGUGGACUUUCAGUUUUCACGCAUCGCACCACCAGCAUAUGAUGUGAUGGCGCUCAUUAUGAUAUCAACGUUAAGCGAAUUUAGAGAUCCACUGUUAGAACAAUGGAAGCAUCUGUACUAUGAUAGCUUGUCAUCCUAUGUAGCGGCAAAUGGGUUGGAUUUGGAAGUCAUUCUACCGAGAUCAAUUUUCCUAGAAUCCUGCACACACUAUCAUCUAGCCGGAUUAAUUGAAAGCUGUAUGUACUUCCACUGGCCACCGGAAUCGGAUUGCUACGAACGUGACGAUACUGUGGAGGAUGAUUUUGAUUGUCAAACAAAUACCGCCGUGUUUGUAAGGGCCAGUAUACGAGGGUUUGAAAAGUAUGAGUCGUAUCGCACACGUAUAAGUGAUAUGAUUACGCAAAUUGUUGACAAAUAUGUGUUAGAACAAUAAGAUGUUUUGUUCCGUUAUCGUUAAAAAUGAUUAAUUUACAUCAAUGCUGCUGCAUGAGUUCGAUCAAUCAAUUGUUUUGUAUGCUUAGAAUAGAGCUCUAUAGUGCGAAUUGAAAAUAAAAUAAUAAUCGGUUGGCAGGUAUGCAUAGAAAUAAUGAUCAAAACUGUUUUGGUUCGCUUUGAUAAAUACAAUACUGAUAAUGUGUAUAAAAAAUUUAGCAAAACAAUAAUGUAAACAAUGAUAAUUCGUAGUGCAAUGAGUAUAAGCGGUUAACAAUAAUGUACCUCAUUUUAUCGGACUUGCUAAUUAAAG